AUGGAUGUAAGAAAGAUUACAGGUUACAAAAGUUAUUUUGGUUUCCAUCAUUGUAAGGCUAAUUCUAAUGGACAGAUAUGGUGCUUCUGGAAUAACUUCGACAAAACUGAGAUCAUUGCCAAUAAUGAUCAACAAAUCACUCUUAAUUUGAAGAAUCACACCAUUGAGGGAGGCACUUUUGCCACUGCUGUUUAUGCAAAAUGUACUCCUGAAGAAAGAAUUGAUCUUUGGGAAAGCAUUGUGGAUAUGAAAAAUCUUAUCACUGGCCCAUGGUGCAUGGGAGGAUUUACAGGUCCUAAGUUCACAUGGUGUAACUACAGGAUUCCUAUUAAGAGGAUAUGGAUGAGAUUAGAUAGAAUUCUGGUUAAUGAAGAUUGGACUAACAUUUUUCAAACCAAUAUGGUUAAACACCUGUCCAAGACUGGAUCAGAUCACAGACCUUUACUUUUGAAGUGUCAUAAUCCUCAACAGAAUCACAUCAAAUAUUUUAAAUUCCUUAAUUUUUGGAUUGAUCUUCCUAACUUUAUGGAAACUGUGCAAGAUUGUUGGAAUGAAGAUAUCAAGGGUAAUCCAAUGUGGAGGCUGCAAUGUAAGCUUAAAAAACUCAGUAGAAUUCUAAGCACUUGGUCAAGACAGAAUAUAGGAGAUGUUAAUGACCAAGUAAGAGACUGGGAAGCUAAAGUUGAGUUACUGGAAGAGUUAGACAUUAUGAACAACAUAGAUCAAGGAAGGGAAAACUUGAAUAGAGGUUAUGCUGAGUAUGUUAGAUGGUUGAACUUACAAGACUCUUUGCUUAGACAGAAAACUCAGCUGAAGUGGUUUAAGGAUGAGGAAGAUGGGGUACAAGGGGAUGAGAAGAUCUCAAAAGCAACCAUCAAGCAUUUCAAAAACCAAUUCAACUUGAACCUCAUUGAUAAGAAUAGCAGUAUUAUUGAAUGUAUUCCUCGGAUCAUAACUACAGAAGACAACAACUUUUUGACAAAGUUACCAGAAGAAGAGGAGAUUAAGAAUGUUGUUUUCAACAUGAGCAUGGAUAGUUCAGCAGGUCCAGAUGGCUAUAAUGGUAGGUUUUUCCAAGUUUGUUGGCACAUUAUUAAAAAUGAUAUAGUUGACUUUAUGCAAAAUUUCUUUGAAGGGAAAAACCUUACUAGAUUUUAUACUCAUUCAUGUCUUGCUUUAAUCUCUAAAAUCGAUACUUCCACCAGUUUUAGUGAAUUGAGACCUAUUAGUUUAAGUAAUUUCACUAAUAAAAUCAUUUCUAAAAUACUUGCUAUUAGGCUCAACCACUUUUUUCCUAAAUUGAUUUCUGAAAAUCAAAGUGGAUUUGUAACUGGGAGAAGCAUAACAGACAAUGUGAUGCUUACUCAGGAGAUAAUCCAUGGGAUUUCAAAAAAGAACAAAGGUGGUAAUGUGGUGCUUAAACUUGAUAUGGCCAAAUCCUAUGAUAGGCUCUCUUGGUCCUUCCAUACAAAGGUCUUAAACAAAUUUGGUUUCAAUGAUGUGUGGAUUGAUCUGAUUUGGAGGAGUAUUGCUAAUGCUUGGUAUACUAUUAUCAUUAAUGGGACUAGACAAGGCUUUUUAAAAUCUUCCCAAGGUCUUAAACAGGGAGACCCUAUUUCUCCUUCUCUUUUUAUAAUUGUUGCAGAGGUACUUUCUAGGUCCUUGAACAGUUUACUAAAUAAUCCUAACUUCACUCCUUUUUCAAUGCAUAAAAAUGGUCCCCAGAUUACUCAUCUUGCAUAUGCUGAUGUAUUUAGUAGUGGAAACACUAGAUCUUUAAAGCUAAUCAUGAGUCUUAUUAAGAAGUAUGAGAAGGAAGGAAAAAAAAAUAUUUACUUUGAUAGCAUGGUGUCAAAAAUUGUGAAAAGGUUGAAUGCUUGGCAAGGUAACAUGCUUUCUAGUGGUGGAAGAAUGGUUCUCAUCAAAAGUGUUAUUCAAUCUCUGCCUAUAUACAUCUUGUUUGCUAUUAACCCUCCUAAAGGUACCCUGGAACUUAUAGAGAAGCACAUUGCCAACUUCUUUUGGGGAACUGCUAACGGAAGAAACAAAUAUCACUGGAGUGCGUGGGAGAAUAUGUGCUUCCCCAAAUCAGAAGUUGGGAUUGGUACAAGAUCCAUGAGCGAUGUUGCUAACACACUUACUGUGAAAAGGUGGUGGAAAUUCAGAGAGGAUAAGUCUCUCUGGGCAGAUUUCCUAAUGGCAAAAUACUGUCCUAGAAUGCAUCUUGUAGGCAAAAAAUGGGUUGCAGGAAAUUCACAAGCUUGGAAACACUUGCUUUGGGCAAGAGAAAAAAGUGAGAGAUAUAUAUCAUGGAAAAUCAACAAUGGAAGUUGUAGCUUUUGGUGGGACAAUUGGACAGAAAUUGGUCCACUUGCACAGAUUUGUCCAAACGAUAUGACAAGGAGUGACUCCAAGAAUAAAGUACAUCAUUAUAUGGAGGAUCAUAUCUGGGAUGUUCGGAAACUAUACACUAGUCUUCCUAGCCAGAUUGUCUUACACAUCAUCUCUAUUGAUAUUGGAGUUGAAGGAAGAAAGGACUAUGCCAUUUGGAACAAUACAGAAGAUGGAAGAUUCUCUAAUGGCUCUGCUUGGGACUUGAUCAGAAGACAAAAAGCCAACAAUGAUUUCUUGAGCAAAAUAUGGCACAGAGAUAUACCAUUUAAGAUGUCUUUCAUAUGUUGGAGGAUGUUUUUAAACAAACUCCCAUUUCCUAAAUCUUUAAUGCAUAACAGUAACCAGGAAAGAGUGGACUGUGCAUGCUGCUAUAUUCCUCAACAUGAAAGUAUGCAACAUGUACUCAUUGAAGGUCAAGCUGCAGAGUGUAUAUGGAAUGCAAUGGGGGCUCCUCUGGGUAUAACACAUCAGCACCUGCCUAUUAAUGCAAUAUUCAGAAACUGGUGGAAUGUUAAGGCCAGAAACAGAGUUCAGAGGUUGGUGCUUAAUGCAACGCCAAUCUUAAUUAUUUGGGAAAUCUGGAAAGCUUGGACAGCCUGCAGUGAGCUAGAAAGAUUAACACAAAGUGUGAAAUGCACAAUAGUCUGCUGGAUUAAGCCAAACAUUGGCAUGCUUAAGCUCAACACUGAUGGGAGUUUUUUCAAAGACUCUAACAAAGCGGGUAUAGAAGGGAUUCUGAGAAAUGAAGAGGGGAAAAUGAUUAUGGCUUACUGCAUGUCUGUGUACUGUAGCAGCAAUAACAAGGCUGAAGCGUUAGCUGUUGAGUAUGGAGUUAACUGGGAAGCCAAUCAAGUAGCUGAUUUUCUGGCCAAACAGGUAGCAACUAGUGGAAGCAUGAACUUUUAUCACUCUUAUAAUGAGCUUCCAAGAGAGUAUAGGGAAAGGAUGGAUAAAAUGGAGGAUCACUUCUGGAGUGCUGUGUGA